AUGCCACCAAGAAUUCUUCCUGAGGACCACCACAUACGCAUUGAUGUGCUGAUUUGCGGGCUGCGCCUAGACAAGCUUCGCAUCAGAGACAUCCCGCGCCCAUCCUGUGGUCGCGCAUUUGUCCAUGUACGGCUAAUCGUACAAGUGCAGAAAUUCGCGAGAGCGCGUCGUGGCAGAACCUGUCGUGUGUACAGAUCGAUUGGCUCGCAGGGUAGAAUCAUCAUGGCCGAAGACGUCUUCGCAUGCAUGUAA